GUUUGCAGGGCGAUACACCACAUACUACUUCUGCGGCCGCCCCUCCCUCUGGCCUGUGUGCGCUCUGCCGGGUACCGAAGUCACGCAUCCCCUCUCUGCAGCACCCGCCGUGACCCGGCCCGCCCCGUGUGAUAGGAGCACGGUGCGGUCACACAGCAGCGCCUCCCAUCCUUACUCUGGCGCCAUUUUUGAAGUUCCCGCCCGGCGCCGGGACACCGACUCCUUCCCUUCCCCUGGUCCUUCGCUGCCUCCAUUAUCAUGCCGCUCAGAGUGCGCUCCGGGAACCGGCUCCCCGACACCGGCAGGAACACCCCCGUCAUCAUGAGGGAUCUGCCUGACUGGAGGCGGACGCGGGCGGCGCUGCGGGAGCUGGAGGGCAGGCUGCGCUGCUCUGUGUGUUUGUCAGUUUUAAAGGAGCCUAUGUGCCUGGGCGGUUGUGAACAUGUGUUCUGUAGGACCUGUGUGGAUGAAAGCAUGGGAAAUGAGUGCCCUGUUUGCCAUACCCCAGCAUGGGUAAAAGACGUACAGAUCAACAGGCAGCUUGACAACAUUAUUCAACUUUGCAGCAAACUGAAUAUCCUACUGGAUAAAGGAAAAAAGGAAGGAAACAAAAUGGAUUUAUGUCAAGAUGUAUCGCUCAAAGUGAAUACUCCUGAACGAGAAUGCAAGAAAAAACAGAUAAAGAUGUGGUUUAGCCCCCGGAGACGGAAGGUGAGAUAUGUCUUGGAACGCGAAGAAAUCUGCCAACCAACCCCGUCACACUGCGCACAAGCUCCUUUAGUCCCAUGUUAUGAGUUUGUCUCCUCCUCGCCCAAUGUGGAGCCCGUACAAAAGAAAAGUGUCAAGAAACCUAGGAAAACUAAGAAGAAGACACUGAAAGAUAUCAACAAGGAGUGGGGCUUUGCGCCACAGAAGAGAUUAGAAGACCUCAACCAAAAAAGGCACGUUGCGGCACAGAAUGAAAGAAACGGCAACCUCAAAGAAAGUGAGGUAUUGAAGCAGAACAGAUCGGUCUCUUUUUGUAGUUCUCCUGUUGUGCUUCAGACACAUGAUGUAGAGCAAGAAAGUGACUACAAAUGUGGGCUACUGGCUAGCAGUGGUCUCGCUGAAAAUGAGAGUAGGUUGGAGGAACCUACUGAAGUCCAAACUAAUAAUCGUGAUGGCGAUCUAUUAAAAUCUGAGUCCCCUGUACUUCAGUCUGCUGUUGUUGAGCAAGACAAAGACUGCAACAGUGAUCUGAUGAAAAGAAAUGGGAAAAACAAGACCAGAUCCGAGGAACCUACGAAGGAACAACCCAAUAUUAGGAAAUCCGUACGAUGUACUAGGCUAAGGAGUAUUUCUUCUGGGAGCCCCAAAAGAGAGAACAAGAUUCCUGUAAAACGAAAGGAUCACCCAUCUGGGUCUCCUGUUUCCGGCGCAUCAAAACGUUUACGGAAGAGAGAGAUUGGGCACGCGGAUGAUUCCAGUUCUGAGAAGUCUACUUGUGUGCAGGCUAAGAAUGAAAUAUAUGACGAGCCAAGGCCUUCACAAACACCUUCCAAGUCUCCUUCCACGCCUUCCUCUCAUCAGAAAGAUGGCAGAAGAACAAGUCAAAUUGGUAACAAUAAUCAGACAUCCCCAAGUAAUUUUUCAGUCGCAAAGAAGAACCACAAGGGUGAGACGAUGCUCCAUGUAGCUUCUAUAAAGGGGGACCUGCAAGCAGUGGAGGAACUUCUGAGGAGCGGAGCUAACCCAAAUGUGAAGGACCAUGCUGGAUGGACACCUUUGCAUGAGGCGUGUAACCACGGACACACAAAUGUGGUAGAGCUGCUGCUUCAAUACCAGGCUCUAGUGAAUACCACGGGGUACCAGAAUGACACGCCUCUCCAUGACGCUUCUAGAAAUGGGCACCUUGCCGUUGUCAGACUUUUGCUCAGCCAUGGAGCCUCACAAGACACAGUUAAUAUAUUCGGUCUGCGGCCUGUAGACUAUGCAGAAGCAGAGGAGAUAAAGUCGGCUUUACUGCAAACACAGACAAGCAAGGAGCCACUUGUGCGGAGGCCUGCCAGCUUUUGCCAGUCCAGGGAAGGAGCUGCUGUUCUUCUAGCUAGCGGCCUGUCCACCGCUCAGAGGGCUGAUUUCACCAAGCUCGCCCAACUGCUGAGGGCAGAAGUUUGCGCAAACUACAACAGCUCCGUGACCCACGUCGUAGUUGGGGAUGAGCCCACACUUCGUACCAUGAAGUGUAUGAUGGGCACGUUAGCCGGCUGCUGGAUCCUCCGAUGGGCUUGGGUGAAAGCUUCCCUGGAGUCACUUGGGCAAGAGCCAGAAGAAGUGCACGAAGUACAGGGUGGACCCCACAGAGCUCGCCUCAACAGGGAACAGCUGCUGCCAAGACUGCUGGAUGGAUGUCAUUUCUACUUCCUGGGAUCUUUCGGAGAGCACAGAAAGGAAGACCUGAUUGAGCUGGCAAAAGCUGCGGGAGGCCAAAUCCUCAUUCGCCAACCGAAACCAGAUAGCGACGUAACACAAACUAUUAACACUGUAGCUUACCACGCCGACGCCGAGUCCGACCAAAGGUUUUGCACACAGUAUAUUAUCUAUGAUAAAGCUUCCAAAUACACCCCAAACAGAGUGCGCCAAGGAAAGGUCUGGUUUGCCCCCUCCAGCUGGCUCAUUGAAUGUAUAACCUGCUUUCAGCUGCUGCCGGUGCCACAGGGAUAAGAUGGACAGAGAUGCAAGAUGACCAUCAAGAUCCUAGCAGUUUUUAGAUGCAAGACCUGUUACCUGUAUACUAUGCUUUGUAUAGAGAAUUGGUAUUGCUGGCAGUUUCAUCCAAAUUAGACCUAUCACGUGAUAGAUUGAGAGAGAGCUGAAAGAGGAACAUGCCACUGCGGAAGUUCUAGUUUGCCCAAUGCGAGUUCUAGUGUCCUCUGAUGGGCAUUCGGCUCUUUGAGAGUGAUACACUGUAGGGUACUUCUGGAUAAACUCUUAUUGCCUGACCGCUGUAAUCAUGGCAUACAUAUGCAUUUGGAGCCUGAUACUUAUUCCCCCGUCUUCUGCAGUCAUUUUGCAAGGCAUCAAAAAACAUGCCGGUUAGCAGUAUGUUCCAUUGCUUAACCCAGGGUUUCCCAACCAAGUGACGUAAUUAGCACCACCUGUGAAUAUUUUAAAAAUGUGUCAGUCAGUAAUGAAUACACCUGUGCUCCAUCAAGGAGACAUGCACUGUUAGGAUUCCCUGAAGUUGGGAAAUACUGACAUAACCAAUGCAUGUCUUAGGGUGUGUACACACGGUGAAAUCAUUGCUAUGCCCGAUUUUCACUUGCGAUUUCCCUUGAACUCCAUGGAACCCAGACAGCACAGGUUUUGACUAACUUUACUUGAGAUAUGGACUAUGUGUGCUUACGAUUUUGGCUUAUGUGAGCUGUCAUUGACAUGUGAGAUGAACUAGAUAGUACACCGAUCUAGCAAGGAUUGACUUGCCUGCACAGUCUAUCUUUUCUUGCAAUGCCGACCUGGCGGGACAGCGCAUCGGGAUCGAUUCGGGAACGCAAGGUGACUUUCACCUUGCGAUCUGCACUAACUUUUCUUGCGAUUUUGACUAUAUAGUCAAAAUUGAAAGAAAAUAUCUCACCAUGUGUACACACCCUUACUCAUACCUCACCUAUCCAAAGCAUGAGUCUACAAAGAAGGACCACAUCACCCUCUCUCUGCAGUGUUGCAGUCCUAAGUAUUCAUCUGGUUAGGAACCAGAAUGGCUGUUUUGCAGUGUACACAGCUGUAUGAGCUGGUGAUUAUACAGGUGAUAUCAGCCUCGGAGCAGACUACGAUGCAACCCAUGUAUUGCUUUGGAAUCCAUAUUAUAUGGCCUUUUACAUAACGGCUUUCCUUAGACACCACUCCCGUUACUUAAUGUUAAGGAAUAAUGAUCGGAGCUGCACAGGAAAUGUCAGUGUAUGUGUGAUGGACAAUAUUAAAGCGUUAGCUCCACAGGUACGGGGACAUUUUUUAAAGCACUGCAGAAUAUGGUGGCAUUAUAUAAAUAUUGGUUAAUAAUGAUUCUGUUAGAAUUUUACAAAAAUCUAUUACAAAAAUGCCUAGUUUUGAGUGUGUGCUUCUUAAACAAAGGAAUCAUAAUUAUACAAAAAAAAAGAAAAGUCUGGGGCGACCUUUUAAAAUGACACACAGUAAGUUGAUGAGAGGAAAAUGUGCCUAUGAGUCCGCACAUUUUAUAAUUUUAUACUGGGAAUCUCAUCCAUUAUCCUUGUUACUUAGACCACUAUACAUUGCAGUAAGACUGUAUUAUAAUAAGCUUUGGGUGUUUGUGCUUUUUAGAUGUUUUCAUUUUUAUGGUUUCUCAGUCACAUUUUAGCCAUUGUUGCAAACAUCUGUCCUUAGCCGACAGUGGAGUAAAACAAGUGGGCCUGUCAUCUAAUACAUUGUUACCCUUACGUCUUGGCAAAAAUUAUUUCUGUAGCUGACAUCUGUAAUUACCUUUGUUUUCAUCAUCCUGACCUACAGUCUACGCAGUCAUCUUUCAUUUCACAGUGGUAGAUUUGCAGCAGAAUCUGUCUCUGUUCCCUCUUGCCUCCGGCGAAAAUUGCAUUAGUUAAUAGUUUAUAAGCAAAUAACUGAAGCAAAGCAAUAUAUUAUAUAGUUCUAUUAACUUUUAUACCACUAGUCCAGUCACUGGGAAUGGUAUCUAGCCGGCAUUCUGCAUCUCACGUUCCCGACCCUAGCGCCGCGCCCCCCCCCCACCGUCUCUGAUGGGUUUUGGUGUUCUUUUGUAUUGAAGUCUGAAGGAACAAAUCCAAGCGAGUAAGUAAAACACAAGGGCAGUAAAUAAAAACUGAUAAAAAUAUCCGUACAUGUGUAAAGACCCUAUUGUGCUAAACCUCUUCAGCGUUUUUUAAUUAUUAAUUCCCUCCUAUCUGUAACUACCGUAAAUUGUAGCGCUGGGGAUGCUGUGAAUGUGCUGAUACUGUAUAUAGUCUUAUAUUCUUUACCAAAAUUACUGCUGCAGCCCUGCUAGCUUGUUAAUGAAGGUAUUUUAUAUAGUACAGAAAGGGGUUAAUUCAAUUAGUCUCAAGGAGGAUGAAUUUUCAUUGAGCAACAUAGAAAUUCUGGCGGUAGCAUCUCAACUCCCGACCCAAUCUCAUCCCGGCUGCAGACGAAAAGACGCAAAUUCAGAGCUACAUUAGUGUUGCAUAGGAUGUGUGUUUUCUUGUUUUGUGGGGUGUUUUUUUUGUUUGUUUUUCUUUUUUCUUUCUUAAAGCAAAAAAUAUCAAAAUACAUAAAACUCGCACAUCCAUAAAACUAUCAAAAGUUGAACAGUAAAAGACUAUGCCACUGUGUUCAAAAUAGGUAUGUUAAUUGUUUAAGAGCAGGUUAAGAAGUUGGAGAAUUGACUAUGGCCUUCAUUCCGAGUUGAUCGCUAGCUGCUUUCGUUCGCAGCGUUUAGGUAAAAAAGCGGCACUUAUGCGUAUGGGGCGCAGUGCGCACGCGCGACGUACUUUCACAGAAGCCGAUGCAGUUUCACACAAGGUCUAGCGACGCUUUUCAGUCGCACUGCUGGCCGCAGAGUGAUUGACAGGAAGUGGGUGUUUCUGGGAGGUAACUGACCGCUUUCGGGGAGUGUGUGUGAAAACGCAGGCGUGCCAAAUAAAAACACGGGCGUGCCUGGAGAAACGCAGGCGUGGCUGGCCGAACGCAGGGCGUGUUUGUGAGGUCAAAACAGGAACUAAACAGACUGAAGUGAUCGCUAGCUAGGACUAAGUCUCGAGCUACUCAGAAACUGCACAAUCUUUUUUUGUAGCAGCGCUGCGAUCCUUACGGUCGCACUUCUGCUAAGAUACACUCCCAGAGGGCGGCUGCUUUGCGUUUGCACUGCUGCUAAAAGCAGCUAGCGAGCGAUCAACUCGGAAUGAGGGCCUAUAACCAGUUCCCCGAACUAUGUGAUACGCUCCAUGAGCGAUAUCAUAUAGUGUUUUCCCUUGACUCCCGGGCGGCCGGCCUAGUGCAUACACACACUGUAUAAUAUUGCGAAUGAUAUCAUCCAGUGAUGUCAUGCCGCGGCCAGCCUGUACAUACAGUUUUGGACGAUACAUCCAAAUUGAGCUGCAUGCACAGCCAACAGCGGGGGCUGAUAACGAUGUGCGGGACCCAUUGUUCAUCGUUCGUAGCAUACAUACUGGGUGAUAUUACAAACCCUAUCACUCAGAGGGGUGAAAGUGAGCGAUAUCGCAUAGUAUGUAUGCACCUUGAGACUAAACAAAUGAAUACCAAUUUUGUUGGCAAUAAUCACAAUACUUCAUACCUAGACAUUUUAAGUCCUCUAUCGCAAAUAUAUCUAUCAGUCUGCAAUGGUACUGGUUAAUGUUUUAUUUCUUGUCACUGAAAACUUGUCAUACUGUAUUGUAAGUUAUGACAGUAAGGGGUAAGUCAGUUCCAAGCGACCUGCCCCCUAAGGCUUUUAGAACAUUAUCAUUCAUUUUUAAUUUUUUUAACAUACCGUAUAUACUCGAGUAUAAGCCGACUUUUUCAGCACUUUUUUUUGUGCUGAAAAAGCCACCUCGGCUUAUACUCGAGUCAGUGCAGGCAGAGGCAGAGCAGUGUGAAGGAGGGACAUGGAGCG